AUGGAGUCUACUCCAAAACAUACCCAAAAGCCUCAUGCUGUAUUUGUACCAUUUCCAGCACAGGGUCAUGUGAAUCCCUUCAUGCAAUUAGCUAAACUCUUCCGUUGCAAUGGUUUCCACAUAACCUUUGUCAACACAGAGUUCAACCACAAACGUUUGAUAAAAUCUCUUGGAGAAGAGUUUGUGAAAGGUCUCCCAGAUUUUCAAUUUGAGACCAUACCUGAUGGUUUGCCAGAAUCAGAUAAGGAUGCAACACAGGAUAUUCCAACUUUGUGUGACUCAACUAGGAAAAACUGUUAUGGCCCUUUGAAAGAACUUGUGAUUAAGCUCAACACUUCAUCACCAUAUCCAGUUACUUGCAUAAUUGCUGAUGGCAUUAUGGGCUUUGCUGGAAGUGUGGCAAAAGAUUUGGGCAUUCAAGAGCUACAGUUUUGGACAUCUUCUACUUGUUCCUUUGUGGCAUAUUUGCAAUUUGAUGAACUUAUCAAAAGAGGAAUUAUUCCAUUCAAAGAUGAAAAAUUUAUUGUGGAUAGCAAUUUGGAAAUAAGUUUAGAUUGGAUCUCUGGAAUGAAAGGCAUCAGACUAAAAGAUCUUCCAAGUUUCAUAAGAGUUACUGAUUUAAAUGAUAUUAUGUUCGAUUUCUUGAAUUUUGAAGUACAAAAUUGUUUGAGAUCAUCAGUAAUCAUCAUUAACACAUUUGAAGAAUUGGAAGAUGAAGCUCUUCAGAUCCUUAGGGCACAAAAUUCAAACAUAUACAAUAUUGGUCCAAUUCACAUGCUUGGUAAGCAUUUUCCGGAGAAAGAAAAUGGUUUUAAAGCAAUUGGUUCUAGUUUAUGGAAAAUUGACCCAGAAAGCAUAAAAUGGUUGAAUAAAUGGGAACCUUACUCAGUAUUAUAUAUUAAUUAUGGAAGUAUAGCUGUUAUGAGUGAUCAUCACUUAAAAGAGUUUGCUUGGGGAAUAGCAAAUAGCAACUUACCAUUUUUAUGGAUAAUGAGGCCAGAUGUUGUAAUGGGUGAAACCACCACUUUACCUCAAGAGUUUCUAGAUGAGAUUAAAGAUAGAGGAUACAUAACUAAUUGGUGCUCACAAGAUGAAGUGCUUACUCAUCCAUCAAUCGGGGGAUUCCUAACUCAUUGUGGUUGGAAUUCGACACUUGAAACUAUUUCUUAUGGUGUGCCAACUAUUUGUUGGCCUUUCUUUGCAGAUCAACAAACAAAUAGUAGGUAUUUAUGUCACAAUUGGAGGAUAGGGAUGGAAAUUAACCAUGAUGUGAAAAGGGAAGAAAUAACAACACUUGUGUUGGAAAUGUUGAAGGGAGAAAAGGGAAAAGAAAUUAGACGAAAGAGUUUAGAGUGGAAGAAGAAAUCUGAAGAAUCUACUGAAUUGGGAGGAUCAUCAUAUAAUAAUUUUCAUAAGUUAAUCAAGAAAGUUCUUCAUCACAAUGUUAUUUGA